AUGGCGGCAUCGCAUGAGAACCAGGUGCGCCUGGCUCACUCAUCGCCGCUAGACACCUUGGUUCGGCGAACUUCGUCCAGACGACAGGUUGUCCGACGAAAAGAACAACACGAUGCUAAGAAGCAGGCCACUGCCGUUAAUUCCUUUUCGCCAGUGCCCUCUUCCUCUCGGUCAACUGCUAGCAAUGCUGAUUAUCUUAACGAAAAGUCGUUUCUGUCAUUGACGGACGAACCAAACGGAUAUUAUGACGAGCUUGAGUCAUAUUAUGAAGAGAACAGCAUGUAUCCACUGCAAAGUCACACCCCCGGCGCCUCUGCAGACAGCCACCGUGAUUGGCAUACCACUGCCAGUGGCUCCACAAAUGUCACUCCCGUUCCAACCGUCGUGGUUUCCAAACCCCAGGAUAUCAACAAGCAGGUCGCCGUUAGUGAGCCAAAACUUGGCGGGAGGUCACCCAUAGUUGACCCUACUCCUCGAAUAAACUUUUCCAGGCCAGGAAGGCCACCGAUAUUCUCUUCGGAAGAGCAGAAACGGCAGGUUCUUGAGCGAAAUUCACAAAGAACCCGUUCUCCACGGACCGUUCAUACCCCACUUUCAUUUCUUCCCUCUCGCCCGCCGUCUGUACAUCCAAGCUCACCAACAAGCUUGUACUCCACGUCAUACUCAUUUUACCAUCUGAGCGAUGGCUCUCCAUCACCAACUGGCAAUUCAAAAUUUCCCGCCCAUUCACCUUCCCCGCCAGCCAACUGUUCACCUUCCACCGAGCCUUCGACUCCACAGGAGUAUCUUCAGCUAGGAAUACAAUACCACGAGGCCAACAAACUACAAGACAGUGCAUUUUACUUUGAGAAAAGUGCAAAGGAACAGGGUGGGUGUGGGAUAGGGAUGCUCUUGUGGGGAUUGACUCUGAGGCACGGGUGGGGAUGCGAAAAGAAUGAGAAAAGUGCUUUCAAGUGGUUAACAAAGGCCGCGGAGAGCGCAGUGGAUGAUCUGGGUAAAGCGAGAGAAGGCAUGGACGUGAAGGCUGUUAGAUCGGAGCUCGUGCUAGCGAUUUAUGAGGUCGGGCAGUGCUUCUUUCAUGGUUGGGGUGUAGCUAAGGACCACAAGAUGGCAGUUAGUUACUAUCGAGUUGCUGCCAACCUUGGUGAUGGGGACGCGCAAGAAGAUCUCGCUUUCUGCUUAGCCAAUGGCAAAGGGUGCAAGAAGGAUAAGAAGGAAUCUGCUAAGUGGUAUCGCGCGGCUGUCGAACAAGGUGCCAGUGACGUGGGGAUGGCGUGGAUCUACAAGAACAAAUACAAGGGCUAG